GAUCGAGCCCAUAGAAAUAAUUGCAGUAAAAAUUAAAACGAGGAAAGGCAACUUAGGCAAGCUUGCGGCGGGAGUGCCCUCCCAAUUUUUCUCUCACUCCUCCACCUUCCUCUCUCCCUCGCUCCAUCUCCCUCUAUCUCUCUGUCUCCCGUCUCCAUCUCCACAAAAACUCUCGUCGAAGCCCUCCACCAUCGUCUCUCCCUUAUUCGUCCCGUGCCUGUCGCCUCCGAUCCCUUCCGCUUCUCGAGGCCGUUCCGCCCAGCGAUUUUCCCGCUCUUUUCCAUUUGAAAUGGCCGAGAAGCGCGGGAGGGGGAGGGCCGCGGGCCGCACGAUCUCGGAACCGGAGGUGGUGGUCCUCGACUGUUCGGACUCAGAUCCUUCGGCCUCCGCCUCGCAGCUUGCAAGGCUCCGGCAGCGUUGGGAGCUGGCCUCCGUUCUUAAUUUCCUGCACGUUUUCGAGCCGCUCAUCCAGAGCGAUCUAAAGAUAUCAGCGGAAGAGAUCGAAACAGCUCUGAUCUCACCGAACGAUGUUUUGGCUCGGAUUCACAUUGCCCUCCUGAAGGGGAUACCGCCUGUAAACAAAAAUCUGAGAGAAUCUGAUGCAUGGGUCAUAACAGUUUGCAAAAAACUUGCUCUGUGGUGGCCAUGGGUUGCUGAAGGAGAGAAUCCACUCAAAGUUAAUCAUGGGGAGGAGAUAACAACAUAUAAGGAACUUGAUCCAACAAUUCGUUUGCUGAUCCUGAAAGCACUCUGUGAAGUUCGUGCAGAUCAAGAUGAUAUAUUGAGAUACAUCACCAAUGAACUGAAAGCUGGAACAAAAAUUACUGCUUUCCGUAAAGAAAAGAUAUGUGGCGGUGAUGAUGGAGUUACUUAUUGGUAUGAUGGAGAUCCAAUUAUUGGUCAUAGGUUGUAUAGAGAAGUUGUUAAAGUUAAUUUCAAACAGAAGUGGAAGGCAAAGGGCCGUUUAACACAACCAACAAUUGAUUCUGGGUGGGAAACACUGGCAACAAAUCUUGAGGAAUUUCGGGAACUAUCAGAGAAUCUAUCAUCAAGCAAAGUUACAUCUGAAGCUGCAGUUGGAGAGACAAUUAAAACUGAAAUCAUUCCUCCUCUUGAGGAACUCCAAAAGAAGAAACAAAGGGCAUUAAAAAGACAACAAAGGCAAGCUAUGUUGUUAGAUAAUUUUCUACAUUCUAACCGAACUCGCAAACGUUCCCGCCGUGAGCAUAGGCCUGUGAGCUACACUUUUGAUGAGUAUGAUCGUUCCAUUGACGAGGCUAUACAGAUAUCGAAGAAAUCAAACCCAAAUAAAUUGUGCAGAGACAGGAGCAAGGUCGAAGAGCAUGUAUCUGGUCAGAAUGGCAUGCUGGAUGGCGCUGUGCAUGCAGAUCAAGAGAACAGUACCUCAGAUUCUCAGACUGGUGAUGAUGAUAAGUAUCGAGGUGGGAGUGGUGGUGAUGAUGCUGAGGACGAUGACUAUGAUCAGAAAGGUAAUAACCACGCUGGGAACGGUGGCAGCAAUGAUAAUAAUUUCCAUCUGGCUGACUCCGACAGGGAAAAUACUGCUAUUGCAAGGAAGAAACGACGGGGACCUGAUCAGAAUAAAAAAGAAGCUAAGCCUAAAGUAGUUAUUGGGGUGCGCCACAGUAGGAGAACUGCGGUAAUUGAUGGGAAUCUUGGCACAUUCCAUAGAGAAACGACAGGCAAUGUGCAGAUGAAUAAAAGGCUGAAGCAAAGACCAACUCGUAAUGCGGACUAUGCCGUUCAUAUUCUUUCAGGGUCUGAAGAUGAGAAACAGGCGGAAGAUAUCUCAGCUACCAAUAAGGAGCUUGUUUCUUCUGGUGAUGAAUCCCAAGUGGGCAAUGGUGAAACUGAUCAUGCAUAGCACUUCAAAAAAGUGCCAUCGGUGGACUUGCUGAUUGAUAUCCUCAUAAAAUACUUUUACGGACUAAAGAGCAAAGCGCUUCCUUUGUGUUUUGUCAUAACAAGGAAGCCUAUAGUUGUUGACGUCAAUGCUCUAGAAAGGAGCUUCCAUUUCAUGGAAUAUCGUUAUUCUUGAAGACUUUGACUUGUAUUUUGAUAUCCUAAGCUGAAAUGUUUCUUACCUGAUAGUUAUGUACUGCAGUAACUGCAUGCAGUUUUCUUGCUUCGCUGAAAACCAUUGAUCUUUUUGUU